AUGGAAGGAGGACACGUCAGAGAUGUGCCUUCAGCCGGCCAGGCAGGAGAAGCGGGCAGGGAUGUUCCCAAGAAGGAAGACAUUCUUCUUUUGGUCGAUGAAAAAUUUGACUUCGAUCUUUCAUUGUCGUCUUCAAGUGCAAAUGAAGAUGAUGAAGUCUUUUUUGGACCUGUUGGACAUAAAGAAAGAUGUAUCGCUGCCAGCUUAGAAUUAAGUAAUCAGAUUCCCGAACAACCUCUUCUGCCAGCAUCUGAAGGUCACUUUACUUGGAGCCCUCUCACUGGCGAAAAGUUUGUGGAAGUGUAUAAAGAAGCUCACUUAUUGGCUUUACAGAUAGAAAGCAACAGCAGAAACCAAGCGGCCCAUGCUGUUGAGCCCGAAGACCCUUGGAGCCAGGAUGUGGAAAGAUUCAUCCAGGAAUCAAAAUUAAAAAUAAACCUCUUUGAAAAAGAAAAGGAAAUAAAGAAAAGCCCCACAUCACUUAAAAGGGAGACAUACUACCUGUCAGACAGCCCCUUGAUGGGGCCACCGCUCCUGGGAGUCUGUCCCCCUCCCAGUGAGGCCCUGCUUCCCGAUUCCUCCUUGGCCCUUCCAGGUGCUCCUGCCCAGGCCAGCUGUGCCCAGACACAGGGGCCACUGCAUGCUUCUCAUCCUUUGCCUGGGGCAGUGAGUACUGCUCACCCUCCAAAUCAGGCAGUGACUCAGAAGAAGGUCACCAGCAAAUUGCAGCUGCCCCGAGCUUCGUCUGUUAGAGCAAAAAACAUUCACUCGGGCAUGGAGAAGCGCAAGAAAGAGAUACCAGCUAGUCCUUCCAAGAUGAAAAUCCAAAAUGAAAAGGGAUCCCACAGGGAUGUUCUCCCUGACAAAGCCAGCACUGCUCUGGAUGCUGACGGCUUCCCAGCUGGAGGAAGCCACUUGGUCCAAGGCAAGCGAUCACUCCCUGUUCCAAACAAGUUGGGGCUGAAGAAGACCCUGUUAAAGCCACCUGGCUGCACUGGCAAUCUUGCAAGGAAGUCCUCUUCCUCAGGGUUGGUUUCGAGCCUGAUGUCCAGGGUGUGUGCGUCUCCAGCAGUCAGUACAGCUAAAUCAGAUGAAUUUGCAGGUAUUCCUGCAAACAGUUGCCGGCCUCUGCCAGACAUCAGUAAGUCAGGCAGGACGGGCCCCACCACUCUGAGGCAGUCCCUGCCGGCCGACCCUGCAGGUGCGUCCUGCAGCCAAACCAAGUGGGCCGCUGCCGCUGAGUGUACAGUGGAGCGAGCCAGGGUGCCAACCACAGCUCUUCGCCUGCAACCCCAAACUCCGGGAAGUGGAGGCCCGAGGCUGGACUGUACUGCCAUUUUGUCAGAAUCUUCUCAAUGGAAUAAAACUGGGAGCAUAAGAAGGCGAGAUUCCUGUCUGAAUUCCAAGACGAAGGUUAUGCCUAGCCCUGCAAACCAACUUACAAUUCCCAAGUUAUCUAUGGGGGAAUCCCCAGACACUGCAACACCAAAGUUCUCCAGGGCACAAAGGCCACAGUCGUGCACAUCAGUUGGGAGGGCCACUGUCUGUGGCACUCCUGUGAGACAGUCAUCAGGGCCAGCUUUGCAAAGCCUGUCAGGCAGCAUGAGGACCCCCGUGAGUGGGAAAUGUGCCUCGGCCUUGCUCACGCCUGCCAGCCGGCGCCUCUCCAACUUUCCACUGAUGACCCCCAAAACCAUGCCCAGGGUUGUGGCCUCUUCCCUAUGUGUGCCCGCUCGGCGACUUUCUUCUGAGCCCCGGAAAAAAUCUGUAGUGAGAACUGAACCAACAAGGGAGAGCAACAGAAAGGUUGAUUCCAGACAGGCCGACUUGUCACCAGACGGAAGCUUUUCUCCUCCAUCUGCUGUGCCACAGGCGCUGAAAUUUUCUCCAGAAAAGAGUGAUAUCACUUGUUCAAAGAGCAUCGCCCCAGAAGCAGCUCUGGGUGGGGCAGUUCCAAGGGAAGAGACACCCCCUGGAGAGGCUCUUCUUAUAGAUAUCAAGAUGGAUCAACUUACCGUCAUUCCAGAAGCUGAAAGCAAACCCCUCGUUGACCUCCCUCUCAUCGACUUCUGCAGUACCCCUGAAGCAAGUGCGGCUUUGGGCUCUGAGAGCAGUCCUUUGAUUGACCUCAUGAUAAACACUCCAGACAUGAAUAAAAACACUGCGUCAAAACCUUCCCAGGUAGUGGGACAGCUCAUAGACUUGGGCUCUCCUCUGAUCCAGCUGAGUCCCGAGGCCAAUAAGGAAAACGUGGAUUCACUGCUCCUCAUGUUCUGA